GACACUUUAUGGACUUCCUGUCUCGUUUCAUAACAUCGUAACUGUGUAUAAUGUAGCAUUCUCCCGUCUUAAGUAAGCGACUAUCAUUCAUUGCUUCCUGUCUUAAUAAUGACCUGCAUUAAGCGGCUGUUCUCUAAAGGACCUCGCUCCAAAGUCGCGUGGUUGAUGACUGGUGAAGCUCUCACCUCCUGCAGGUGCUUCCAUGCUGAACUAGUGAGACACGAAUCUAGCGCGCUUCCAGUAGUUCAUCACAGCAAGUAUGUGUGUGACCUCCCACCCAAUCACAGGUUUCCAAUGGGCAAGUUUCCCCGGGUUUUACAGUGUUUGCUCAGAGAUCAGGUCAUUACAGAGAAACAGGUGUGGGUCCCUGAAAUUGCCUCUAAGGAUUUACUGAGCUGUGUGCACACCGAGGACUACCUGGACAACUUCAUAAAUGGGAAAAUAAGUGAGCAAGAGCAAAGGAGGACAGGCUUUCCCUGGAGUGAAGGCAUAGUGAGGCGCUGUCGAUAUGAAACGGGUGGGACUGUUUUAGCUGCUGAAGUCGCUCUGCAGAGGGGUCUGGCUUGCAGCACAGCAGGGGGAACUCAUCAUGCUUUUCCCAGCUAUGGUUCAGGGUUUUGUCUCCUCAAUGAUCUUGCAGUCGCAGCCAAAUACACGAUGAACAAUUCUCCUAAUUCUCCUUCUACUAAACGCAAAGUUCUCAUUGUGGAUCUAGAUGUUCAUCAGGGUGAUGGCACCGCUUUCAUCUUUAAAGAGGAGCCUUCUGUGUUUACAUUCUCAGUGCACUGUGGGAAAAACUUCCCACUUCGUAAACAACAGAGCGAUCUUGAUAUCAGUGUGGAGGGUGGGCUGGAGGACAAGGAUUACCUCUCCACAGUUGAAGCCCACCUUCCCUGGCUGCUGGAAACCUUUCGCCCAGACCUGGUUUUGUAUGACGCAGGAGUUGAUCCUCACUGGGAAGAUGAACUCGGAAGGCUUCGCCUGACAGACCAAGGGCUCUAUCAGAGAGAUUUGUUUGUGCUGAAGACUGUGGUGAAAAGAGGUGUCCCUAUCGCUGCUGUUAUUGGUGGAGGAUACUCUAGAGACAUUGAUAAACUGGCACUCAGACACUCUAUCGUCCACAGAGCAGCAACUCAGGUUUGGAGGGAGUGUGGUAUGUAAAACUUGGCUCCCUAAUCAAGAGGAUCCUCAGUGGGUAGCUGAUAUUUGAGAGUCAAUGACAUGGUCAUUUGGAAAGUUUCAAAAAUGUAUUAGAAACUGACCAGUACUUCAGUUACUUUGGCAUAUUUAUUUAAUUUACACAGUUGAGAUUAACUGUAGGAGUGAUACAUCUUAUGCGGUCACAUAUUAGAACUUAUUUCACUCAUUUUUGGUUCGUUGCAAUGAUGGUCUUGUAACUACAAUUAUAUUGUUAUAGGGACAUCACAGCCACCAUAACAACAUAUUUUUACAUUCAUCUGAAAAAGGUUUUCAUGGAACUCAGUACAGUCCUGUGGAAAAACUGUUUAUAUAGGAAUCAAGAGGUGCUGCUUAUCAAAUGCUCUUGAUUAAUUGGUCAAAAACACAAAAGCAGAGUUUCUGGUAGUUUUCUGGAAUGGAGCUUUCAGCUCCCUGUUAAUGCCACAUUCUUACCAGGAGUGGAAAUUCCACAAAAUUCACUCAAAGGUCAGACAAUACAACUCUUAGGGAGGAUUUACUUUUUUUUGGGGGGGGGGCAUAAAAAACUAAGAGCUAAAAACUUUACAAGCCUCAGGUAGUAUCGGAAAUGUUAACAUUCCAAUGCAAUUAGAAAAAAAACUGCAUUUAAAUAAACUUCUGCAACAAUGUUUCUGAUGAGACUAAAGCAGAGAUGCUUGUCCAUAAUGGAUAGCGCCAUUUUGGGUACAAAACACUACAUGUCAAUGCAAAGACCACAUAUCAGCUCACAAGCACGGUGGUGGAGGGAUAAUGAUUCGGGUUUGUUUUGUAUCCACAGGAUUUGGGCACCUUGCGGUCAUUGAAUCAACCUCGACCUACAAUAAAAUGUUUGAAAAAGAAAAGAGUCAAGGUGUUGUAGUGACCCAGACCAGAUUUAAAUGCUAGUGUGGUGUGGCUUUUAAGAGCUGUGCAUAAAUGAAUGCCAAUAAACAUUAAUGAACUGAAGCAAUAUUAAAAAGAAGAGGAUUUCACUACAAUGUGAGAGACCAAUACAGUCCUACAGUAAAAUAAUUAAGUUAUUGCAUAGACUGCAGAGUCCAAUGGAAAUCUUCACGUGACUACAUGUUAAAGAAUUAUUUAAAAAUCCUCACAAAUCAAAUAUUAAGGCUUUCAUUUGUAGGCUGGUGAUGAUUCUAGUAUAGUAUGUGCAAGUUGGCUAUAAAGACUUUUAGCUUACCAUUUACCAAAUUGUAUCUGUGUGACAAUUAAAUACUCUAGAAAUAAACUGUACAUGAACAAAUCUUUGUUGUUAAUGGGAGUAGAAGCAAGACAACACCCGUGAACAAAAACAAAUUUAAUAAAAAACAAAACAAAGUAUUUACAUCAGCUCACACAAGACAUUUGCCACUUUUAAGACAAACCUAGUUGGUCCACAAAAACUAUACAGCUAAAGAAAUGCACCACAAUGGAUAUAAACAGUUUUCCAAGUCUCACCUAUUAUGUCAUUCACUGACAUCAAGCAGCAAUAUACUUGUGAUAGAGUGCAAUGUUUAUUCACAGUACAUGAGGCAGUUUUCUGAUUUGCUGAGACAUACCAAAUUGUUACAAGACACAAUGCCACUAUUGCAAAUAUCUACAUCAAGGGCGCGCACACACACAGACACGCCCACUGGCGACAUGUCGUCUGGAACACUUGUAGAGUAAAACAACAAGAAAAUGGCACUAAUGUUUCGGAAGAGAUUCUGCACAAUUUUAAACUUGUAUGAGAGUGCAAUGAAAAAGUACGCACGAGCAGUUUCACAGGAAGCGUUACCAAGAAGUCCGCAGCUGAUACUAGCUGCAAAUUUGGCUCCUUUUAAUGAGAGAUAAGCAGCAUGCGAUUUUGCAGACACAAAGAAAGAAAGAAUUCUCUACUGAAAUCAAUAUAUUAAAAGAUAAAAGCAGAGGGAAGAGUAUGCUGUAGCUUUGUACAUUUCUCUUCUGCUCAUAUUUAAAGCACAAAGAGAAGAAAUGUUCUUUUAAAAUACAAAUCAAUAGCUGUGAU